CGUCAAGAAAAAAUUGGUGCUGGCAGGCACAAAUAAGAACGGACGGAAGCGUCGUGGAGGUGAAAGUUACUACCCGACGACUUCCACGAGUUCUAUAGCGAGGAAUAUAACCAACUGGCUAGAGAACACUCGAAAUGUAGGCGAGAAAGUAUUGGGCCGGCCAACAACGGACUCACUCGCGGUUGUUGUGCAUGGAGA